CACGAACAGAACUAGUUGACUAAUAAAAAUAAUGGCUACUUACGAACUACCUUGGGAAUAUUCAUUUCCACCUUUUUACACGUUACAGCAUCAUGAAGAAACAAAAAAGCGUCAAAUAUCUGUGUGGGCUGACAUUGUCCUGAAGCAUUACAAAUCCACAGGCAAUAACAAACUGAGCAUUUCCACAGCCACUCUCUUUAAAAAUGAUUCAAUUGGUAGGAAAGUAUCUUCGGAACUUGCCACUCAAAUCAUUACAUCGUUAAAGAAAUCAGGAUUUGCUUAUCCGAUUGAUAAAGAAGGUAACGAAUGGAAUUUAUGCUGGUAUACUUUGGAUGAGUACGCAGACAUGAUGUACACUUGGGCGUCAGAGACUGGUCAUUCCAAUACAAUUUGCACUUUGUUUGAACUGUGUUCAGCAAAACCAGAGUUCUCAGAAGUCGAUGAGGAUAUUUUGUUAAAGGCUCUUAACAAACUAGAAGGACGCGGUAAAUGCGAAGUAAUUAAUAUGGAUGGAGCGUAUGGUGUUAAAUUUUUCUAAAAGUUGCAUUUUAAUAAAGAAUCUGAACUACUUGAA